AUGCUCAAUCGAGAUUAUGUAAAUGGAUUAAUACAUAAUGAUGAUGCUUUUAUAUUCUUAAGAUGUGCUCGAUUUUCAUCAGCAUUUUGGGAACGAAAAAAGAAAGAAGUUAUGGCAAUGAUCAGGCAAUUAGGAUGUUCAACACUAUUUUUAACAUUAUCAGCAGCAGAAACACAGUGGUCAGAACUUAUUAUAAUAUUAACUCAAGUUUUGGAAAAUAAAGUAAUAACAUUAGAAGAAGCAGAGAGUAUGAGUUAUGAAAAGAAAUGCGAUUUGAUAAGAAAUGAUCCUGUAACAUGUGUUCGUUAUUUUCAACAUAGAUUAAAAUGUUUAUGGGAAAUAUUAUCAGCUCCUUGUGGUCCAUUUCAAGGCUAUGAAUUAGUAGACAAGUAUGUCAGAACUGAAUCUCAAGUUCGUGGUUCACCACAUGUUCAUGUUCUACUAUGGUUAAAGAAUGGUCCAAAAUAUGGCGAAAAUAAUCCUGAAUCAAUUGAAAGAUGUAUAGAAUUUAUUGAUAAAUUGAUUUCGAGAGAGCAGCUGAUGCUAUUUCUACCAUGGAGUAAUGAGGAGAAGGAUUUUAUUCAUAUAAAUCAUGAAGAGACAUUUGAAUUAAAUAAAGAUUUGAUUCAACAAAAAAGAUCUGAAUAUGUUCAUCGUGAAGCCAAUGAAUUCGAAAAAGCUUUUGAAGAGCAAACAGAAAGAGGAAAUGACGAUGAUAUUGAUGAUACAAAUAUUGAAUAUGGUCAAGAUAAAAAUGAAUUUCUUAUUUAUGAAACAGGAAAUAAUGAAGGCGAUAUCUUUGUUGAAAUGGGAAUAAAUACUCGAACUGAAAAAUUCGAACAUUUUAAUGUUCCCAAAAUGAUACCAGAUGCUGAUUAUCAGCGAUUGAUGAGAAGUCUCAAUAGUAAUCAAAGGAAAUACACUUUAAAUGUGAUGAAUUUAAUUAAAGACGGUGAUAAGCAAUUUUUUCAUUUCAUUAAUGGAGGUGCAGGUGUUGGCAAAAGUACUUUGGUCAAAGCAGUAUAUCAGUCGAUAUUGAGAUUUUACAAUUCUCUUCCAUGGUCUAAUCCAGAAACUAUCCGUGUCGCAAUAUGCGCGCCAACUGGCAAAGCAGCAGCAUUAAUUGACGGAAUGACUUUGCAUUCAUUUCUAAGUUUACCAGUUAAUCAAUGCAAACAUAAACUUGUUAAACUAGACAGCGAUGUUUCAAAUAGAAUUGGAGUAAAAUUGAAAGACUUACAAUUACUAAUAAUAGACGAAAUAUCAAUGGUUGGUUUUACAAUGUUUCAGCAGGUCGAUGCUCGCCUGCAGCAAAUAAUGAAGUCAAAAGCACCAUUUGGUGGAAUAUCAGUUAUAGUUUUGGGCGAUUUCAAUCAAUUAAGAUCAGUUGGCGAUAAAUACAUAUUCCAAUUUAACAAUUCAUAUAAUGCGUUAGUAGAUAAUCCAUUAUGGUCACUAUUUGAAUUGUUCGAAUUGACAGAAAUAAUGAGACAAAAAGAUGAUAAGACUUUUGCCAUUGCACUGAGUAAUCUAGCAAAAGGAAUGAUGACACUUGAAGAUAUUAAUUUAUUUAAGUCACGAAUCAUUUCAGCUGAGAAAUUGAACGUAGUUGAAGAUGCAAUAAGAGUAUUUAGAAGUAAUGCUGAAGUUGAUGCAUAUAAUGCAAAAGUAUUGUCUAGUCUUAACACCGAAGGUGCAACUGCAAAUGCUUAUGAUUUUUGUGUUGGUGAUGGACUAGCAUCAGUAAAAGAAAAAGUGUUAACCAACGUAAAGAAUCUAAAAACAACUGAAACUUAUGGAUUACCACUUGAAAUCAAUUUGAAAGUGGAUGCUAAAUAUAUUAUGACAGUCAAUAUUGAUAUUGAAGAUGGUCUAGUCAAUGGUGCUUUUGGAAAAUUAAUAAUGAUUGAUCAUGGAAAACUUCAAAAGACUAAUGAGACAGUACCAUGUAGACUAUGGAUUAAAUUUAAUGAAGAGAAAAUUGGGAGAAAAACUAUAGCUAAUUUUCAAAAUGUAAUGCGAAAUAGAAAUAUUGAUCUCAGUCUCACGCCAAUUGAACCAGUGACACGACAAAUAAAUACAAAGUCAACAAAUUUCAAAGUAGAACGUAAACAGUUCCCAGUAGUUCCUUGUGAAGCUAUGACCAUAUACAAAAGUCAAGGUGGUACUUACGAAAAAGUCGUUGUCAAUCUGAAGAAGGGGAUGACAAGAUCUGAAUUAUACGUCGCUUCUAGUCGCGCAACAAAAGCAGGUGGUUUAUAUUUAGUUGGCGACUUUGUUCCACUAAAACCACCUGAAAGUAAUGAUGCAGUAGCGAUGAUGUUCAAAAACAUGAGAUCUGAGCGAAUGCUGAAAUUUUCACUUGAAUUUCCUAAAGAGUCUCAAGAAAGAUUUUAUUUAAUGUUUUAUAAUGUAUAA